AGGAAAGCUCGCCAAGCUCAUUGUAGAGAAAGAAGUUGCUGUUCGAUAUCGAACGGUUACUUUUAUUGUCACGGAGGUAUAUUGUGAAUGAAAUACAGUGUUGAUCCUUCGGUAGUUGAUUCUUUAUAUUAGUCAGGAGACAUUUGGCAGGUGAAUAAGGAGUACAAUAUGAUCACCUCUGCCGCUGGAAUCAUAUCCCUCCUGGAUGAGGAUGAGCCGAAGCUCAAGGAGUUUGCCCUGCAUAAACUAAAUGCCAUUGUCAACGAUUUCUGGGCUGAGAUCUCAGAGUCUGUCGAUAAGAUUGAGGUUUUGUAUGAAGAUGAGACAUUCCAAAGUAGGGCAUUUGCUGCCCUCGUUGCCUCCAAAGUUUUUUACCAUCUUGGAGCAUUUGAAGAGUCUCUGAACUACGCCCUUGGUGCUGGUGACCUUUUCAACGUGAUUGAUGACUCAGAAUAUGUGGAGACCAUUAUUGCUAAGUGCAUCGAUCACUACACCAAGCUGCGUGUGGAGAAUGCAGAACUGUCUGAGGAUGAGGAGAAGAAGACCAUCGAUCCUCGCCUGGAAGGAAUUGUCAAUAAAAUGUUCCAGCGGUGCCUGGAUGAUCACAAGUACAAGCAGGCCAUUGGUAUCGCUCUGGAGACCAGACGCUUGGACAUCUUUGAGAAAACCAUCUUGGAAUCGAACGAUGUUGGAGGUCUCCUGGCCUACAGCGUGAAGAUCUGCAUGUCACUGAUGCAAAACAAGAAAUUUCGCAACGAGGUCCUAAGAGUUCUUGUGAAGCUGUACAUGAACCUUGAGAAGCCAGACUUCAUCAAUGUUUGCCAGUGCCUCAUCUUCCUGGACGACCCCCAAGCGGUGAGUGACAUCCUAGAGAAGCUGGUGAAGGAGGACAACCUGCUGAUGGCCUACCAGAUCUGCUUCGACCUGUACGAGAGCGCCAGCCAGCAGUUCCUCUCCUCCGUCAUCCAGAACCUGCGCACCGUCGGAACGCCCAUCCCUGCCGUCCCCGGCUCCACCAACACGGGCACCGUGCCCUCGCCAGAGAAGGAAGGAGAUUCCAUGGAAACUGAAGAGAAGGGAAGCUCACCCGCUGGAAAGACCGACUUGAAGGAUGAACCAAAAGACCAGAACUCAAAGAUGAUCAAGAUCCUGAGCGGCGAGAUGGCGAUUGAAUUGCAUCUUCAGUUCCUCAUCCGAAACAACAACACAGACCUGAUGAUUCUCAAAAACACAAAGGAUGCUGUUCGAAAUUCAGUAUGUCACACAGCGACGGUCAUAGCUAACUCUUUCAUGCACACGGGAACCACAAGUGACCAGUUUCUCAGAGAGAAUCUGGAAUGGCUUGCAAGGGCAACCAACUGGGCCAAAUUCACAGCCACAGCCAGCCUUGGUGUCAUUCACAAGGGUCAUGAAAAAGAGGCACUCCAGCUGAUGGCCACAUACCUGCCCAAGGACACCUCGCCAGGCUCGGCCUAUCAGGAGGGGGGAGGCCUGUACGCCCUCGGCCUCAUCCACGCCAACCACGGAGGAGACAUCAUCGACUACCUCCUCAGUCAGCUCAAGAACGCCAGCAACGAUAUUGUGCGCCACGGUGGAGCCCUUGGCCUGGGCUUAGCUGCCCUUGGUACUGCCAGACAAGAUGUUUACGACCUGCUCAAGUCAAACCUCUACCAGGAUGAUGCAGUUACAGGUGAGGCGGCGGGUCUGGCCCUGGGCCUGGUGAUGUUGGGCUCCAAGUCAGCGCAGGCCAUCGAAGACAUGGUGGGAUACGCCCAGGAGACGCAGCAUGAGAAGAUCCUGCGCGGCCUGGCUGUCGGCAUCGCCAUGGUCAUGUACGGACGCAUGGAGGAGGCCGACGCCCUCAUCGAGAGCCUCUGCAGAGACAAGGACCCCAUCUUGCGGCGCUCGGGAAUGUACACAGUGGCCAUGGCCUACUGCGGCUCCGGGAACAACAAGGCCAUUCGUCGCCUGCUCCACGUGGCCGUCAGUGACGUUAAUGACGAUGUGAGGAGAGCUGCCGUAGAGUCCAUUGGAUUCAUCCUGUUCAGGACUCCAGAGCAGUGUCCCAGUGUGGUGUCCUUGUUGUCAGAGAGCUACAACCCUCAUGUGCGCUACGGUGCGGCCCUGGCUCUGGGAAUCUGCUGUGCAGGCACAGGACUCAAGGAAGCCAUCAACCUGCUGGAGCCCAUGACCAAUGACCCAGUCAACUACGUCAGGCAGGGAGCCCUCAUCGCCUCCUCCCUCAUCAUGAUCCAACAGACAGAGGUCAUCUGCCCAAAGGUCACCACGUUCAGGCAGCUGUACUCCAAGGUGAUCAACGACAAGCACGACGACGUGAUGGCCAAGUUUGGAGCCAUCUUGGCCCAGGGCAUCUUGGAUGCAGGUGGCCGUAACGUAUCCAUCUCGCUGCAGUCUCGUACGGGUCACACGCACAUGCCGUCUGUGGUGGGCCUGCUGGUCUUCACCCAGUUCUGGUUCUGGUUCCCGCUCUCCCACUUCCUGUCCCUGGCCUUCACCCCCACCGCCAUCAUCGGCCUCAACAAGGACCUCAAGAUGCCCAAAGUGCAGUACAGAUCCAACUGCAAGCCGUCCACCUUCGCCUACCCACCCGCCCUGGAGGUGCCCAAGGAGAAAGAGAAGGAGAAGGUGUCCACCGCUGUGCUGUCCAUCACGGCCAAGGCCAAGAAGAAGGAGAAGGAGAAGGAAAAGAAGGAGAAGGAGGAGGAGAAGAUGGAAGUGGAGACGGACGGAGACAAAGAAAAGAAGGACGAGGAGAAAGAGAAGGAGAAGAAGAAGGAGGCGGAGCCUAACUUCCAGCUGCUGGAGAACCCGGCGCGUGUCUUGCCCGCCCAGCUCAAAGUGCUGGCCAUGCCCGAGACCUGUCGUUACCAGCCCUUCAAGCCCCUGCAUACGGGAGGCAUCAUCAUCCUGAAGGACACUAGUGAGGAGGAGGAGGAGCUGGUGGAGCCAGUGUCUGCUCACGGCCCCAAGAUCGAGGAGGAGGAGCAGGAACCAGAGGCCCCCGAGCCCUUCGAGUACAUCGACGAAUGAGGAGGGAGCACCCAGUAGCCGCCAUAUACCAGGUGGUGUGAUGAGUUCACAGCAGACCCCAGCAUGAACCUUUCAACGCACCCAGCUUUGCCCCCUCCCCUCCCCUCCCCUCUUUUUUGUCCACUCUCUCCCCUUUUUUUUGUCCACACUCUACAUGUUCCCGACUUCACGUGGUCUUCUCCAAACGUGGAGGUUUUACAUUAUCUUGUUGUUUAAUGCCAUCUUUUUUUUCUGUCAGUACAAUAAAUAAAAUAUAUCUUGGAGAAAAUAA